AUGCGCCAGCUGAUCUGCCAAAUGGACGAAUGGGACGGUCUGACGAUGGACGACAUUCGGAGAAUGGAAGAUGAGGCCAAAGAGAAGCUUGACAAGAUGAUUGCGAGCUCGGAGGUUUCUGCGGUGAUGAAGGAGUGUGCACAGGAUGUUGAGCAGAAGUAA